AUGAAUGACUUUGUGUGUAGAAGACUCAUGGCUGUAAAGAACUCGAUUUCCGAUCAAUUGGGCAAGGAUGAAAGCUAUCAAAUUAUUAUUAAUAAUACAAUUUUAAAUAAUUAUUGUACUAAUAACAAAUGUAGUAGUAACCUCGAAAAAAUUAAUGCUGGAUGUUUAUAUUUGUUUGAUGCAUUAUUUAAGGAUUAUUCUGUGUUCAAGAAUCAUAAUAACAUAAAUAUUGUUGAAUACAUUUUGAUAUGGUUAAGUUACAUGUUAAACCUAAAGGAACACGUAGGAGCCACCAAUCUACAAUAUUUUUAUAAUGUGUAUAUCCAGGGUGGUGAUAAGUACAAAAAUACUAUAACUGAUGUUGCAGGGUAUACAAAUUAUAAGGAUCUUAUAGAUCAAAAAAUAUAUUUUUUGAAUAUGGAUAGUAAUAUUAUAUCUAAUUUUUAUGAAGCAUUUAAAUUAUUAUGUGAAAUGUAUAUUGAAUUUGAUGAAAGCAAGCCAAAUUGCGAGAAAAUUUCGGAAAAAGCUCGUCAAUUUGUUGAAAAAUAUAAAGAACUUAAUGAGGAUUCUAGUAUUACUGAAAAUAGUUCAUAUAGUCAAGUAUUGUGCACUUUAUCAAGUGAUUAUGAUAAUUUAAAAAAUAAAUGUAAACAUUUUCCACUCCUUCAAGAGAUAAAAACAACACAACUUCAUGCACAAAGUCCUGCACAUAAUUCUGCACAAGGUUCUAAACAACUUUCUACACAUGGUUCUGAACAACUUUCUACACAUGGUUCUGAGCAACUUUCUGAACAGCGUUCUACACAAGGUUCUGAAGUUACAUCACCAAGUUCGUCGAUAGGAAACAAAUUAUUUACAGUUUUAUCGAUAUUUGGUGCAAUAGCAUUUUUUUUAGGGAUUUCAUAUAAGUAUUCGUUAUUUGGACUUCGGAAACGUGCUCAAAAACAGCAUUUAAGAGAAAAAAUAAAAAAUAUAAAGAGAAUUAAUUAUUAA